GAAAUUGUUGGUAAAAUCUUGGGAAACAAUGACCACUGAUGAAAGAAAUUUUCGUUCUUCCUAUUAUGAAAAAGUUGGCUGCCACAGUGUUGAAGAAAAGAAAUCACUAAACAAAUUGCUGCAAGAUAAUAUACGCAAUCAUGUGAAAUUGAAACAAUUUUGUUUAAGCUACACCGUACCCACCACACAUCGUAACCUUUUAUGGAAUAUUAUUUUGGGUGUGAUGCCAUUGCACAAAAACUCUACGGAAUAUAUAAUGGAACAAAGAAAAGCCGUAUAUGAUGAUCUUCUCAAAGCUGUCACAAUAAUGCAGUAUGUUAAUCAAACCACUCCUAAAUGUAAAGUACUAUUGAGUAUGUGGCAAUUAGAACAGAAUCGUCUGUUGCAUGCCAACAACAGUGAUAAAGUGGAAAAUGACCAAAACUUCAUAGAAAUUGUGAAGGUUUUAUUGCAAUUAUUUGAAGAUGAUGUGGAAACUUAUUGGCUGGCUAAAGAGUUUUACGCUUGUACUCGAGAAAUACAACAGGAGUGUGGCAAACUUAAGGAAUUAACACAGAAUUUGCUUAAGAAAGAAGAUAGUCAAUUAUGCAGUCAUUUAGAUAAUUUGGCAGUUUUUAGCUCAGCAGAACUUUUAGACAAGUGGUAUGUCACCUGUUUUGCUGGUGUAAUCAAUGAAUCAAGUUUGGUUCGUGUUUGGGACAAGAUAUGUGGAGGAUCCAAAAAGAUUGUGGUUUUCAUAUUUUUGGAAUUGGCUAAAGCUUUGAGUGAGAAAGCUUUAAAGUGCAACACAAGUCAAGAGUUUAAAACUCUGGUUGAACAAAUUAAGGAUCCUGAUGCGUUAAUCGUCAACAAGGCUAUAAAAACGUGGCAAAACAGUAACCAACACAGUGAAAAAAUAACCGUUCACUAGCCAAAAUAGAUUUAUGUUUAAAAUUUAGUUUAUUAACGAUUCACUUAAAUAUACUUGAAAACAACA